CAUGCAAAACUGUCAGUAGCUGACGUUACAAACAGAACAUAAAUAAACAUAAUUUGAUAAUUCAAUUUAAAUUUCCAGUAUUCAGGCACUACCUUUUCAAAAUGGAAACAUACACAAAAUGUCCAAAAUUACCAUGGAUGAUUGAUUUUCAUUCUACCGCCGCUGGUCGUGAGAAAUAUCCAAUUUUUAACUCUCAGCUUCAAGCAGCAUUUGCACCCACAUCUAUAGAGCACAGCAUCAAUUUAAACACGCGAUCUAAAGUUUCAAAAAAAAGGUUAACUUCAAUUAUCUGUACAGUAGACAGAAACACUCACAGCGCAGAAAAUUUUCAAUGCAUGAUGGAGGCGGGAAUGUGUGCCAUUAGAAUAAAAAUUGGCGAUUUGACACACAUUGAAUGUAAUGAUGUUAUACAAACUAUUAGGGAGGCUAUAGACAAGUAUAGUACAAAAAUUGGUUGUGUGUACUCAUUGCCCAUAGGUAUAGAGAUUAAAGGUUCUGACAUUCGCAUUGGCACCUUAAAGCAGAAUUUUCCACAAGAGAUAACACUAACAAAAGGAAAUCCAGUUAGUCUUACAGUAGAUCCGGGAUAUGAAGAGCUAGUUACAGAAACAAUGAUUUAUGUUGAUUACCCAAAUAUGAUUGAGCUUAUUGCGCCCGAGGACAGGAUAUAUAUCAACAAUGGAAAGAUUCGCUUGUCUGUUACUGAAAUUGUGGGGGACGAAGUAAAGUGUUUUGUGGAAACUUCAGGAAAAUUAGUAUCUAAUUGUAAUAUACGGUUUCCCGAUUUUCCCGUAGAUGUUCCUGAAAUAAGCGAACAAGAUCUAUCAGAUAUAAUGUUCGCUAUAAAUGAAAAGAUUGACAUUAUGUUUGUGCCCGGUAUGAAAACGAGGGAAUCCGUUAAAAAGUUAAAAGCGUUUCUAGGCAGCGAAGGGCAACACAUCAUGAUCAUAUCAAAAAUUGAUAGUUUUCAAGCUUUAUUAAAUGUUCAAGGUAUUGUGGAUGAAUCGGAUGGCGUAGUCAUAAAUAGAAUCGCACUUGCCAUUGAUCUUCCAGAAGAAAAAGUAUUUUUAGCUCAAAAGUCAAUAGUUGGAUAUUGCAAUAAAGUAGGUAAACCAGUAAUAUGUUCAUCACAGAUUUUGGAAUCAUUGAUAACAUCCGGAGCGCAACCAUCGAGCUCAGAAAUUUGUGAUAUCGCUAAUGCUGUUAUAGAUGGCAUCGACGGUUUUUUACUGUCACGAGAAAUCUCAAUGGGCGAGGAUCCUGUUCAAGCAAUAUCAAAAUUAAGUUCCAUAUGUCGAGAAGCUGAGGCCGCUGUUUACCAAAAGCAAGUAUUUUCGGAAUUAUCCGAUACGGCGGUAGUUCCUUUGGAACCCAUUUAUUCGCUGGCGAUAUCGGCGGUGCAAGUAUCCCAGAAAUGCAAUGCAGCCGCCAUCGUCGUUCUAACGACGAGUGGUCGCUCAGCAAAAAUUAUAACCAGAUUUAGGCCACGCUGUCCCGUGAUUGCCAUUACUCGCUUGGGACAUGUUGCAAGACAAUUGCAUUUGUAUCGCGGGAUAGACCCUUUGCAGUACAUAAAACCAACACACUUCUGUUGGUGCAGGGAUGCAGAUGACCGUAUGCAGUAUGGAAUUACCUGGGGAAAAGUGAAUGGUUUUAUACGUGUAGGAGACGCCAUUGUAAUAUUAGCGGCUGCAAGACCAGGUGUUGGGUUUACGAACUUUAUCCAAGUAAUAUACGCAUCUGAAUUUGAUACCAUACCCAGUUAGGAUUUGACGUUCAAAUAAACACCCAAUUUGUGUAGCCUAUUAAAACAUAAUUAAACUGUCUAGCGGACCAAUUUAUAGGUAGGUACUACA